UAGGAGUUACGUCACACAAGGCGGCUACGUGAUGCGUCACUGCGCAUCCGUGCGUUGGUGACGCCAGUCUCGCGUGAUGAGACUUGCGGCUGUGGGAUUGUGUGUGAGACAGGUGGCUGGGAUCCUGCACAGAACAGCUUUGCGGGAGGUACAUCAGACUAAAAUCUGCAGAAAGAUGAACAGCCUAGCUGUGAAGCAAAUCAUAAAUGACAUCUCUAAGUCUCCAGAGGACAAGCGUGAGUACAGAGGCCUGGAGCUAGCAAAUGGAAUCAAGGCUAUCGUCAUUAGUGACCCCACCACUGAUAAAUCCUCCGCAGCGCUGGAUGUUCAUAUAGGAUCUCUCUCUGAUCCCAACAAUAUCGCUGGUCUUGCACACUUCUGUGAGCACAUGUUAUUCUUGGGGACGAAGAAAUAUCCAAAAGAAAAUGAGUACAGCCAGUUCCUCAGUGAGCAUGCUGGGAGCUCCAAUGCCUUUACUAGUGGAGAACACACCAACUACUACUUUGACGUGUCCCAUGAACAUCUGGAAGGUGCCCUUGACAGGUUUGCCCAGUUUUUCCUUUGCCCCCUGUUUGAUGAGAGCUGUAAGGACCGGGAAGUGAAUGCUGUGGAUUCAGAGCAUGAGAAAAAUCUAAUGAAUGAUGCCUGGAGACUGUUUCAGCUGGAGAAAGCCACAGGAAAUCCCAAUCAUCCAUUUAGCAAAUUCGGAACAGGCAACAAACUUACCCUUGAGACAAGGCCAACACAACAAGGGAUUGAUAUCAGACAAGAGUUGCUUAAAUUUCAUUCAACGUAUUAUUCGUCUAAUUUGAUGUCCCUAUGUGUCCUUGGAAGAGAAUCUCUUGAUAGCUUAACGGAACUUAUAAUAAAGCUAUUUGCGGAGGUUGAAAAUAAAAUUGUUCCCCUCCCAGAAUUCCCCGAUCAUCCUUUUCAGGAAGAACACCUCCGGCAAAUGUACAAGAUCGUGCCCAUCAAGGACAUAAGAAACCUCUAUGUCACGUUCCCGAUUCCUGACCUUCAGAAAUAUUACAAGUCUAACCCAGGCCAUUACCUUGGCCAUCUCAUCGGCCAUGAAGGACCUGGAAGUUUGCUAUCUGAACUGAAGGCCAAAGGCUGGGUAAAUACUCUUGUUGGGGGACAAAAAGAAGGUGCCAAGGGAUUCAUGUUUUUCAUCAUCAAUGUGGAUCUGACUGAAGAAGGCCUCUUGCAUGUGGAUGACAUCAUUUUCCACAUGUUUCAGUAUAUCCAAAAGCUCCGGACAGAAGGCCCCCAGGAGUGGGUGUUCCAGGAAUGCAAGGACUUGAAUGCAGUGGCUUUUCGAUUCAAGGAUAAGGAGCGGCCACGGGGAUAUACAUCUAAGGUUGCAGGAUUACUGCAUUACUAUCCCCUGGAAGAAGUAUUGUCUGCUGAGUAUUUGCUGGAAGAAUUCAGGCCAGACUUAAUAGAAAUGGUGCUUGAUAAACUGAGGCCAGAAAACGUCCGGGUGGCAGUGGUUUCCAAGUCUUUUGAAGGCAAGACAGACCGCACGGAGGAGUGGUACGGCACCCAGUAUAAGCAAGAGGACCUUGCACAAGAGGUUAUUGAGAAAUGGCAGAAGGCAGAUCUCAAUGGUAAAUUUAAACUACCAAUGAAGAAUGAGUUCAUUCCUACAAAUUUUGAGAUUCUACCCUUGGAAAAGGAUGCAACAUCAUACCCAGCCCUGAUUAAGGACACGGCAAUGAGUAAAUUGUGGUUCAAACAAGAUGAUAAAUUCUUCCUCCCUAAAUCAUGUCUCAACUUUGAGUUUUUCAGUCGCUACCUAUAUGCUGACCCUCUUCAUUGCAACAUGACAUACCUGUUUCUAAGGUUAUUGAAGGAUGAUUUAAAAGAGUAUACAUAUGCAGCUCGCCUCUCAGGUUUGAACUAUGGCAUUGCCUCUGGGAUGAAUGCAAUCCUUCUCUCUCUGAAAGGAUACAGCGACAAGCAGCACAUCUUGCUCAAGAAGAUCAUUGAGAAAAUGGCUACCUUCGAAAUAGAUGAGAAAAGAUUUGAAAUUAUUAAAGAAGCGUACAUGCGAUCUCUGAAUAACUUCCGAGCAGAGCAGCCGCACCAGCACGCUAUGUAUUAUCUCCGGUUGCUCAUGACUGAAGUGGCUUGGACCAAGGAUGAACUGAAAGAAGCUUUAGACGAUGUCACCCUCCUGCGCCUGAAGGCCUUCAUCCCUCAGCUGCUGUCUCGGCUGCACGUGGAAGCUCUUGUGCAUGGAAACAUCACAAAGCAGGCUGCCAUGGGCAUUAUGCAGAUGGUAGAGGACACCCUUAUUGAACAUGCCCACACUAAGCCUCUUCUUCCAAGUCAGCUGGUCCGAUACCGGGAAGUACAGCUGCCAGACAGAGGCUGGUUUGUGUAUCAGCAGAGGAACGAGGUCCAUAAUAACUGUGGCAUUGAGAUUUAUUAUCAGACGGACAUGCAGAGCACAUCGGAGAACAUGCUGCUUGAACUUCUCUGCCAGAUCAUCUCCGAGCCCUGCUUCAACACGCUGCGCACCAAGGAGCAGUUAGGUUACAUUGUGUUCAGCGGCCCCCGCAGGGCUAAUGGCAUCCAAGGUCUGAGAUUUAUUAUCCAGUCCGAGAAGCCGCCUCAUUAUUUAGAGAGCCGCGUGGAGGCCUUCUUAAAGACCACAGAGAAGUCCCUGGAAGACAUGGCGGAUGAGGCGUUCCAGAAGCACAUCCAGGCGCUGGCGAUACGCCGUCUAGACAAGCCAAAGAAACUCUCUGCCGAGUGUGCUAAGUACUGGGGGGAAAUCAUUUCCCAGCAGUAUAACUUUGAUAGAGACAACAUUGAAGUCGCCUAUCUGAAGACUCUGGUAAAGGAAGAUAUCAUGAACUUUUACAAGAAUAUGUUGUCUGUGGACGCCCCUAGAAGACACAAAGUAUCUGUGCACGUUCUUUCCAGAGAGAUGGAUUCCUGUCCUGUAGUGGGUGAAUUUCCAAGUCAAAAUGAUGUUAACCUCGCUCCAGCUCCAGCCCUUCCUCAGCCUGAGGUGAUUAGCAAUAUGACGGAGUUCAAGAGGAGCUUGCCUCUCUUCCCUCUCGUCAAACCCCACAUCAACUUCAUGACCGCGAAAUUAUGAUCCGAGCUGCAAACAGGACAACGACCACUGAACCAGGUGCUGCUUAAGAUGUGCCGUGGCUUGCAAGUGAGGAGUCAUUCUGGUUGCAGUAGUAGGACUUUGCACAUAGACAUUUAGUAAAACUAUAAUCUCUGUAGUACCGAAAUCUGGUUGGUGUUGAUUUUACAUUGUAACGCAUGGGCUGCAUCAGGUGUCCUGUUGUGGAUUGGUUGGUUGGUGUCACCUGAUGCACACGCUGGCAUUGACUGGCAAAGGAAGGACAAGUAGACUUUUACGAGGAAAGAAUUAUAUUACACAUAAUGCUGAAAUGCUGUAAAUUAUUUAUGAACGUAGGAUUAUUCUUAAGGAAAAACAAAACCUUGGCUAACUAGACUGUUAGGUUUAGCUACAGUGCCACAGGUUUGUGCUGUGAGGCCGCCAUCUUCCCCUGCGCAGUGUUUGACGUGACUUCAUUGUGUUGACAUUUUUGUUUAAAAGGGACACGUACCCACCUGUAUGCAGUCAGUCCUCUUUAUUUCAGUAUCAUAAAUUAUAACUGGAGCACCCCCUGCUGUUCAGCCAGGGCCGGCGGGGGCCGGAUAGAACAGCCAAAGCUUUAUUUACUGAUGUCAUAGAGUAGAUAAACGUCAGUAGACUCUUCCGGCAUCGGUAACUUAAACUUUAGCUUUCUGUCCGCCCCCUGCCCAGACAGACCUGCAGGUGCUUCUAUUACACAUUCAUAUUAAUUUGCAAAAGUGCUCUGGAGAGCAAUUUUAUAUUGUUAUGCGGGUGGGGGUAUGUCCUUAUUAAAAAGCCAAUCAAGUGUGAGCUAUUUAGAGAGAAUGGCAAGCAGAGGCAGAUACAGACUCUGUAACCCACCUCUGCGGGUGCUUUAUCUCCACACAAGGUGCAUGGCUGUAGCCCCCAGCAGGUAGCACUUUUGAUGAUAAGGUACAGUUGGUCGGAUUGAUGAAGGAAAUGCCAAGCUUUGGGCAAGAAGCUCGCCAUGGAACGCCAACCUGUACCUCAUUAACCUUAAACUUUACAUUAGGGUCACUGCUUCAUGCCUUGGAGAGAUUGUGUGCGCUGUUUGUAUAUCCAUGGCAACUGCAUUGCCGAAACUGUGUGCACAUUUGUGUAUCCAUGGCAACUGUAUUGCAGAAACUGUGCGCAUUUGUGUAUCCAUGGCAACUGUAUUGCAGAAACUGUGUGCGCAUUUGUGUAUCCAUGGCAACUGUAUUGCAGAAACUGUGUGCGCAUUUGUGUAUCCAUGGCAACUGUAUUGCAGAAACUGUGUGCACAUUUGUGUAUCCAUGGCAGUUGUAUUACAGAAACUAUGCAUCAUUUGUGUAUGCAUGGAAACUGCAUUGCCGAAACUGCACAUUUGUGUAUCCGUGGCAACUGUGUUACAGAAACUGUGUGCACAUUUGUGUAUCCAUGGCAACUGUAUGGCAGAAACUGUGUGCACAUUUGUGUAUCCAUGGCAACUGUAUGGCAGAAACUGUGCACAUUUGUGUAUCCAUGGCAGUUGUAUUACAGAAAACUAUGCAUCAUUUGUGUAUCCAUGGAAACUGCAUUGCCGAAACUGCACAUUUGUGUAUCCAUGGCAACUGUAUUACAGAAACUGUGUGCACAUUUGUGUAUCCGUGGCAGUUGUAUUACAGAAACUGCACAUUUGUGUAUCCGUGGCAACUGUAUUACAAAAACUGUGUGCACAUUUGUGUAUCCAUGGCAACUGUAUUGCAGAAACUGUGUGCACAUUUGUGUAUCCAUGGCAACUGUAUUACAGAAACUGUGUGCACAUUUGUGUAUCCGUGGCAGUUGUAUUACAGAAACUGCACAUUUGUGUAUCCGUGGCAACUGUAUUACAAAAACUGUGUGCACAUUUGUGUAUCCAUGGCAACUGUAUUGCAGAAACUGUGUGCACAUUUGUGUAUCCAUGGCAACUGUAUGGCAGAAACUGUGUGCACAUUUGUGUAUCCGUGGCAACUGUAUUGCAGAAACUGUGUGCACAUUUGUGUAUCCAUGGCAGUUGUAUUACAGAAAACUAUGCACCGUUUGUGUAUCCAUGAAAACUGCAUUGCCGAAGCUGUGUUUCUGUAUCCAUGGCAACUGUAUUACAGAAACUGUGCACAUUUGUGUAUCCAUGAAAGGCAGCUGGGUUACCCUAUCCCUUAGUGUUUACGAUUAUGUAAUUGAUGUCUGGUCCCUCUCCAAUGCCGCUAGCGAACACUGAGGGGCGCUUUACAGAAACCACUCAAAUACCUCUUUAUUAUUACGUUCUGGAAAACAACAGGCUAAUUUAUUUUUUGAUUAAGACUGUUUUUAUUAAGGAACCUUUGUAGCUAGUGGUGACAUAUUUUGUAUGCAUGUCACGGAGCCGGGGGGAAUUUGGUCACUGCAACGUACCGCGCUGCGCUGAGCCUCAAAGCGCAACUCUACCGCCAAGCAUCUCCGCAUGGUUUUAAUCUUUCUAUCGAUCUGUUUGGAAUUUUAUAGCCGAGAUGGUAGAAUGCAGACUCUGUAAUAUGCAGAAACUAUUGGUUUGGUAACGUGUAAUAAAUGCUGAACUUUUUGGGAUGCCAGAAGCUCUCUCCUCUGACAGGGAGUUCUCUCUGGCAACCAUGGAGUUAAAGCUCCAUCUCAGUCUGUUUUCUCAGGGUUUCUCUGGUUUUGCCCUUUAGACUUUAUAAAUAAAAGUGUUUUAUUUAAAUGAAA